UGCAGCUGCUGUACAUCACACACACACACGUGUUUGUUCAUUAUCUGUUCUGUUUGUUUCAGGACUGUUUUCAAGACGCGUUCGAUCGCAUCCCAGUGGCGUCUAAGAUGGACCUGCGCACGUCUAUAGAGGAGUGCACCAUGGCCCUCAACCUCGUCCUCAACAACAAGUUCUCUGAAGCCCUGGAUCUCCUCAAACCCUGGUCUAAGGACAGCAUGUAUCACGCGCUGGGCUACAGCAGUAUUAUGGCCAUGCAGGCCACCAUGACCUUCGAGCACAAAGACAUCCAGACCGGAAUGGCGACCAUCAAAGAUGCCUUACAGACCUGCCAGAGGUUCAGGAAGAGAAACUCAGUGGUCGGGUCCAUUUCCAGCCUGCUGUCCAAACAGCCGUCAGACAGCCUGAGAGACGAGGAGAUGCAUGCGGAGAUCUGCUACGCUGAGUGUUUGCUGCAGAAAGCCACACUAACAUUUGUACAGGAUGAAAACAUGAUCAGUUUUAUUAAAGGAGGAAUCAAAGUACGCACAAGUUAUCAAAUUUACAAGGACUGCCAGAGUGUGUCGAACAUGCCUCAGGGAGUGGGCGGAGACCGCGAGGCCUUCAGACAGUUUGAGGGCGGAGUCAAGCUGGGGAUUGGCUCCUUCAACCUGAUGCUGUCUUUACUGCCGGCACGAAUCCUUCGACUGCUGGAGUUCAUCGGCUUCUCAGGGAACCGAGAGUUCGGUCUGUCUCAGCUGCGGGACGGCGCCGCUGGUCACAGUCUCAGAUCGAUCCUGUGUGUGCUGACGCUGCUCUUCUACAACACUUACGUCUCUCUGAUACUCGGCACUGGGGAGGGAAACCUGGUGGAGGCCGAAGCUCUGCUGGAGCCGUACAUAGAGAGAUUUCCUCGAGGCUCCAUCAUCCUGUUUUACUCCGCUCGGAUCGCCCUACUGAGGGGAAACUUCGAGAAGGCGGUGGUGAAGUUCCAGGAGUGUAUCGCGACGCAGCAGCAGUGGCGUCAGGUGCAUCAUCUGUGUUACUGGGAGCUGAUGUGGUGCCACUCCUUCCAGCAACAGUGGACCGAUGCGUACCGAUACGCUGAUCUACUGUGCAGAGAGAGCCGCUGGUCUAAGGCCAUCUACGUGUAUCAGAAAGCUGCUAUUCUGAGCAUGAUGUCGGAGGAGGAGGUGAAGGUGACCGGAGAGAGCAUCGUGGAUCUGUUCAGGCAGGUGGAGGGACUGAAGCAGCGUUUGGCCGGGAAGUCCAUCCCUACGGAAAAGUUUGCCGUGAGGAAAUCCCGGAGAUACUCGGCGGCCGUGCCUGUCAAGCUGGUGAUUCCUGCGCUGGAAAUGAUGUACGUGUGGAACGGCUUCACCAUCGUUGGGAAACGAGCGGAUUAUACAGAGAGUUUACUGGUGACCAUCGAGCGAGCGGAGGAGCAGCUGCGCAACGAUCCCAACCCGUCUGAGUUUCACCCUGAUGACCAGUGUCUGGUGCAGAUGUUAAAGGGUUUGUGUUUGAAACAUUUGGGCAGAUUACUGCAGGCCGAACUGUGCUUCACACAGGUGAUCAGCAGUGAGAAACGCAUCCGUUACGAUCACUAUCUGAUCCCCUUCAGCCUGUUUGAGCUGGGUUUACUCUACAAGCAACAGGGCGAUUACAUCAAGGCCACGCGCUUCAUCGAGGAAGCCAAGUUGAAUUAUAAAGAUUAUUCGAUGGAGUCGCGACUUCACUUCCGCAUCCACGCGGCUCUCAGCAGUCUGAAGGGUUCUCCCACGAACUCCCCGUGAUGAAGGACGAUCCGCACCAGCGUGACAUGAAGAGACAAGCACAUCACGAGCAGCUGUAGCCACAUGUAGAGAAGCGCUUCACAGAACAUCUCCAGCCAAAGCCACUGUUCUGACAUCAUCACUAUCAUACGUGUUCCUCAUAGUCUGCCUCGUUAAAUACAGUCUACGUUUGAUCAGCCAAUCAAACGGCUGAACGAUCAGACAGCAGCGGCUUUAAUGAAUGUAACGUUUUACUUUAAAGACCAAAUAUGUGUGUGUCCGCUUGUGUGUCUUUCAGUGUGUGCCUCUGUGUGUGUGUGUGUGUUUCACCAUGUGUCUUUACA